GAAGUUUGCUACAGUCGUUUGUAAAAGGACUGAAGAUCAAAAUUAUGAUUCGCAUAACCCAAAGAGAUGGUAUGACGCUACGAAAAUAACGUGAAGGAUGACCUUAAGGAAUAGAAGGUACUUGUCAACCAAGAAGCAUAUGUACUGGAAAACUACAUUCUUCCUUCAGUGGUCCUUGAUGUUAAAGUCUACAUCGUUGUUAUGGUUUCUUUUGCCACUUUUAUUACUCGGCACAUGUGAAGAAAUUCCAUCGAAAAGUCAAGAAACGUGGUUUACAGAAUGCAACAGGUGGUUAACAGCCCCCUUUGGUAUCAUUUCAACCCCCAAUUUUCCGAGACGCUAUCCUGUUCCUAUAAAGUGUCAGUGGGUUCUAGAAGCUCCGCGGAAUAAAAGCAUUGCCAUAUAUUUCACCCAAUUCUAUAUGAGAGAAGGGGUUAGAAUCUCAGAAUAUGAUUACUAUGACGAAUCUAUUACAUUAUCGAAACAAGAUCUGGGAAUUGUCAGUUCGGACGCUGAACCAACUCAAUACAUUGGCUUCAAAAGUUUUUUAGUGUUGGAUUUUGAGAUUAGAGAACGUGAUAACGUCCACAUGCGUGUAAUGGACUUUUUCCUUGACGUAUAUGGUUUCAACAUUACCUACGAAAUCAUUGACAAACAGGAGGAGCGGCGGAGAGAUCCGUGUAUCGAAAACCACUGUUCCUUUAAUGGUGUUUGUUAUGCUUCUAGAACCUUUAAGACUUACACUUGCAAGUGUUUCGAUCCAUAUUACGGAGAUGAAUGUAAAUAUUCACCUGUCUGUGGACCCAACUCCAAUGACACAAUGUGCUUGAAUGGAGGACACUGCAGGCACUACAUUGGAUCCAGAGCUCGAACAUGUGAAUGCCCUUCCGGCUAUGAAGGCGUCUUCUGUGAAAGGAAACAACAAAAAAGAUACCAUAACAGGAAGGGUUCCAAAGCUCAUGAAUGUGAUCAGACGGGAUGUUCUGAUUUAUGCAAGGAAACACUUAGCAGCGCUAAUAUAUGCACGUGUCCUCCAGGACAGCAAAUGACGGAUGAUUUUAAUUCCUGUCUCGAAAGAGAAAGAGUUCGAUAUGUUAUUAGCUUCAAACUACUGUCCAUGGAAAUGAAUGGCUCCAUACAUGUUAGCCUUGAUCUGCUUUCACUGAACACAGUAAGGUCAAGUGAGUUAAAGCUGCAUCUAGAUAUUGCGCUCUCUUCUUUGUUUCAACCCAAUCUGUCCGUAGUUGAGAAUUUAACGGUGUUGGAAUUCAAGUAA